GCGCUGAGGGGGCGGGGAGAGCGCUGCUGGAGGCUCCAUGGUGGCUAGCUAACAAUAGGCCGGGACCAGAGGCUGGGCUAAGGCUUGAGGAGCAAGACGCAGGGCGGUGGAGCUUAGCGGACUUUAGCAGCACUUCAGACGGCGUGGCCCGGUGUAUGUUAUACCUCGCCCCUGUUGCUCUCCCUGGAUUCUGAUCAGCAAGCACACAAAGGGUCGCUGAGAAUCGAUCAGUGCGCGGCCUGUAGGCGUCUUCCUCCUCUACAUCCUCAUUAGAGCCUCCAGAAGCUUCCACACAUCAUGCUGAUGUCUCUUCACGUUACGUAACCACAAGCGGGGCCCCUCCCAGCAUGCACUGCCGCCUCCAUUAUUUAUGAGGUCACCAUGGCAACGGCCGCUUGGAGAUGGGGGCGGAGCCUGACAGCUGGCGUGAGCGGCGCUGAAGAUGUCUGACAAUGGGGAGGUCGAGGACAAGCCCCCAGCCCCGCCCAUGAGGAACACCAGCACCAUGAUUGGCUCCUGUGGCAAGGAUCCCGCCCCAGUCAACCACGGCUCCAAGCCCCUCCCACCCAACCCAGAGGACAAGAAGAAAAAAGACCGCUCCAUCCGAUUCAUCCUGACGGGGGGAGGCGACAAAACCUACAAGAAGAAGGAGCGCCCGGAGAUUUCUUUGCCGUCUGACUUUGAACACACCAUCCAUGUCGGAUUUGAUGCCGUCACUGGGGAGUUUACUGGCAUGCCCGAGCAGUGGGCCCGCCUCCUGCAGACCUCCAACAUCACCAAACUGGAGCAGAAGAAGAAUCCUCAGGCUGUCCUGGAUGUUCUUAAGUUCUACGAUUCAAAAGAGACCAGCAACAGCCAGAAAUACAUGAGCUUCACUGAUAAAAGUGCCGAAGUCUUCAUGUCGUCUACUGCAGCGAGCUCUAAGACUGUCUCGGAGACACCCGCCAUCGCCACCGUGUCUGAGGACGAGGACGAAGACGAGGCCGAGCCCCCGCCCAUCAUUGCCCCCCGACCUGAACACACCAAGUCGAUAUACACUCGCUCAGUGAUCGAGCCACUUCCGCCUCCUCCCACCAAAGAUGCCGCCACCUCCCCCAUCGUCGUGCCAACCGCCGCAGUCACCCCCACACCCGCGCCGGAAGGUGCUCCCGGAAGCCCCCCCAGCGCCAGCCCCGCCCCGGGACCCUCCCUGCCCCGCCCUCAGGACAAAGGAAGGAAGAAGAAGAUGUCAGAUGAGGAGAUCCUGGAGAAGCUGAGAACCAUUGUGAGUGUAGGAGACCCCAAGAAGAAAUACACUCGCUUUGAGAAGAUAGGACAAGGUGCGUCUGGGACGGUGUACACGGCUAUUGACAUCGCCACCGGACAAGAGGUUGCCAUCAAGCAGAUGAACCUUCAGCAGCAGCCCAAGAAGGAGCUGAUCAUCAACGAGAUUCUGGUGAUGAGGGAAAACAAAAACCCAAAUAUUGUCAACUACCUGGACAGUUACCUUGUGGGCGACGAGCUGUGGGUGGUGAUGGAGUACUUGGCCGGAGGUUCCUUGACUGACGUGGUCACAGAAACUUGCAUGGAUGAAGCUCAGAUAGCCGCAGUGUGCAGAGAGUGUCUCCAGGCGUUGGAGUUCCUCCACUCCAACCAGGUCAUCCACCGAGACAUCAAGAGCGACAACAUCCUGCUGGGAAUGGACGGAUCCGUCAAGCUCACUGACUUUGGCUUUUGCGCCCAGAUCACGCCAGAGCAGAGUAAGCGCAGCACCAUGGUCGGCACUCCCUACUGGAUGGCUCCAGAGGUGGUGACCCGCAAAGCCUACGGUCCCAAAGUGGACAUCUGGUCCCUGGGCAUCAUGGCCAUUGAGAUGGUGGAGGGGGAGCCGCCCUACCUCAAUGAAAACCCACUCAGGGCCCUCUAUCUCAUCGCCACCAACGGUACGCCAGAGCUGCAGAACCCUGAGAAACUAUCCAGCACCUUCAGAGACUUCCUCAACAGAUGUUUGGAGAUGGAUGUGGAGAAAAGGGGCUCAGCCAAGGAGCUGUUGCAGCAUCAGUUCCUGAAGAUGGCCAAGCCUCUCUCCAGUCUGACUCCGCUCAUCCUGGCCGCCAAGGAAGCCGCAAAGAACAACCGCUAGCUCACGGCAUCCCCGCCUGUCCUCCUCCUCCUCCUCUUCCUCGCCUUCUCUGUCCCCUUCCUGAAGAUGAUCGUCUGGGUCACGACUCCGCUCUUCCCCUGUGACCAUUGACCCCUUGUGCUGCCCCUCCAACAAAACACUGGACUCUUGGAGGAGGGCGGAGCCUAAGUGAUUGAUGUCAUUGGUUGAUCAGUGAUGUCGUCAACAGAGACUCAUGGGAACUUUGGCAUUCUUUGUUUUCUACUUGUGUGUGUGUGUGUGUGUGAGAGAGAGAGAGAGAGAGCAUGUGUGUUUAUUUUAUGGUUUUACUGUUUUUAUUGCUAUCUUUUUAAAAAUCCUUGUGUUACGUGUGCGCGGUGACAGAGGGAUGCUGGGAUCUCAAGUGAUUGUAGCACGGACACACGGUGUCCAGUCUGCACUGUGAGUUGUUAAUAAGAAUCAUAGCAUACGCUGUCCGAACCGCUGAUGGAUGGCGUCUUGUUUCCUCAAAGCCAGCAGGUCCUCGUAGAACUUCAAGCCAAGUCAGCAUUAAAUGUCACGAAACAUGUUUACCCACCAUGCAACCUGACAAACUCCCUCCAUCAGCGCUUCUGCGACAACUUGGAAGCUGCCAGAUCAGCGCGCCGACUGCGUUGCAGAGAUUGUGCAUGUUUUUCUUUCUCGGUACGACAGAAGUGGUUCUGAACGAGCCGUGGCGGAUGCCUGUGUAUAAAUGAAGAGCAGAAAAUAAAACUGCGAUGAGUCAAUGCCGUGUUUGCUUCCUGUCUGGACCGGACUGCAUGAACGGGUCGUUUAUGAAGCGCCCCUAAUUGGUGGAAAAUGAAAUUACUGUACGUUUUUCAUUGCUGAAACAUUCUGCUUAUUCUCCAGGGUGACG